AUGCUCCACUCCACAUUAGGAGGGUACCUCGAGCAGCAGCCGAAGCGCACGGCAGUCGUCGCCCCACAGGUGAAUCAGAUCCACAGCCGGGCCCACACGCAGCGUGGAGUGGGCGGCAAACACAACACACGGGCCGUGGAGAAGGUUCCUGGAAGGUCGGAAUGGCCCCCAGGUGAAGAUCAAAAGGAGGCGAAAGAGGGUUGGGGGGUGGGUGGUGAGGAAAGCUCGAUGGUUGGAGUCCGAAGAGAGGAGGAGAGGGAGGAGAGGAAGGAGAGGGAGGAGAGGGAGGAGAGGGAGGAGAUGGAGGAGAGGGAGGAGAGGAAGGAGAGGGAGGAGACGGAGGAGAGGGAAGAGAGGGAGGAGAGGGAGGAGAGGGAGGAGAGGAAGGAGAGGGAGGAGAGGGAGGAGUGGGAGGAGUGGGGAGAAAGGGAGGAGAGGGAGAAGAGGGACGAGAUGGAGGAGAGAGAGGAGAGGGAGGAGAGGGAGCAGAGGGGGAAUGGGGAGGAGGGGGAGGAGAGGGACAAGAGGGGGGAGAGGGAGGAGAGGGGGAAUGGGGAGGAGGGGGAGGAGAGGGACAAGAGGGAGGAGAGAGAGGCUGAGGACGCGUCACAUGGGGCAAUCAAUCAGAGAGCUCACCACAGGUCGUGGCUCCAUGGACAGCCGCGCGGCCUCUUCGGUGCUGCGGGCCUCCCACUGCCUGCCUCGCCCUGCCGCUCCUUGCUGUGCAGCAUGGUGGGCGCGCAGGCUGGAGGGAGGAACACCACGGCUCCGGGCAGUUCCACCAUGCGCACCCCCAUGGUGGUGCCAGUGUGUGCGCCCGUAGGGGAGAAUUGGGGUUAG